AUGGAAUUACGUGUUAUUUCAGCUGGUACUGAAAUCAUCGACGACCUCGUGAAGAAGUGCAGCCCACACUUCAAGCAAUCCGGAUACUCAGAUAUCACCGUUCAAGCGUCCGUUAUCGAGAAUACUUGUAGUAGUGCCAACGGCGACAACGUUGAUUGGGAUGGAAAUAACAACGGGGGCAGCACUGAAAGCAAUACUGGAGGCAACACUAAAGGCAGCACUGAAAGCAGCACUAGUGGCAGCACUGGAAGCAAAACUGAAGGCAGCACUGAAGGCAACACCGGAGGCAGCACUGAAGGCAGCACUGGAAGCAGCACUGGAAAGAACACUGGAGACAACACUGGCGUUUCCGUGGGCGUCAAUCUCGGUCUUGGAGAAGUCCUCAAUGGAAUCUUUAAGGUCAUCAAUGGUGUUGCCAACACCGCUCUGAGUGCUCUUGACGCCUGCGUUAAUAUUGUUAUCCGAACCUUGAAGGAUGUCUUCGAUGUCGUAGGCAACUUGAUCCUGGUUCUCCAAGUGGCCCUCAACAACUUGGUGUCCGGUCUCGGCUCCCUCUUCGUCAGACUGGUCGCUUGCAUCAUCAAGAUCGCUGUCUGUGUCCUCGGUCUCCCAGGAGACAGCGCUGUGCGUGCCAAAGGCUGGAACGCCCGCUUCGGUGUGGAAGGGGAACUCUCAGUCGACGCCACCGCUGAGGCCUACGUCAAGCUUUUCGGACUUGUCAACGCUAAAGCUGAACUCGACGGAUACAUCAAAAUCAUUUCCGGAGGAAAAGAAAUCGAAAAAACCAGCGGUUCCAUCAAUAUAGUCCUCAACAGAGUCAACACUCUUUGCGAUUACAUUACCAACUACAAGCAGAUCUCUAAGGAAACCGUGACGCAGACCUUCGUCAUCAUGACCACCGUCGCCGCGUCCAUCAGUAACUCCCGCAAGACCAACUUCUGGCAGUAG